UCUUCAACAGGCAGCUAUCGUUUCAUUCCUUACCCAGCAAAAUAAUCAUCUCUCUCUAUAUCUUUUCUUCUUUCUCUCUCCUAUUUUUUCUUUGCUGCGGCUGCACCGACGAUCUUCGGUGCAUCUCCGGCGACGGCUCUUCCUCUGAAGCUCAGGUGAAGAAAUAAAUUGAUUCGGGUUUCUUACAAAAGACAGAAAAGACUUUUGAUGCUUUCAAAGAAAGAACCAAGGAUAUUUGUUUAGAAGGCGUAAAACCUCUACAUUUGCUCUGCCCGGUCUUGUUACCCUUUUCAUCCUUCUUUUUUAUCUAUCUGUGCACAUUCUCUCCCCUUCUUUGGUUGCCAAACGACAUGUCAUCAUCGGGUGGCUUCUCUGUGGGUGGUGGUGGUGUCAUUGCACCCCAACUUUAUUUUUGCCAUCAAUGCAAUGGCACAGUAAGCCUAGACCCCUCCUUAGAAAUAGUCUGCCCUGAUUGCGGUGGUGGCUUCCUUGAAGAAGUUGAAAACCCUAUGCCCAGUCCAAAUCUUGGUCCUUUUUUCUCCUUUUCACCCGAUGCAGCCUCCUUUAGUGCUAGUGGCUUUCCCUUAAUGUUCUCGUCGGCAUCCGCCUCUGGUCCGGGUAGUGGUGGUGCUGGUGGUGGUACCAUCGUUGAUGAUCUCUCAGCCCUCUUGGGUGGUGUGCCAACCCAAGGUUCUCAGUUUCAUGAUCCUGAAGCUUUUAACCCAUUGUUGUUUCUUCAAAAUUACCUACAAACACUAAGAGCCAAUGGUGCCAAUGUUCAGUUCGUGAUUGAUAGCAACCCCGGAGACUCAACUGGUUUCCGCGUCCCGGCCAAUCUUAAUCUUGGUGACUACUUUUUCGGCCCUGGGCUUGAGCAGUUGAUCCAACAACUUGCGGAGAAUGAUCCCAAUCGUUACGGGACACCUCCAGCAUCAAAAUCUGCAGUGGAAGCUCUCCCCUAUAUAAAGAUUACAGAAGAGAUGUUGGCUUCGGACAAUUCACAAUGCGCUGUGUGCAAGGACACAUUCGAGCUUGGUGAAGAGGCAAAACAAAUGCCCUGCAAACACAUUUAUCAUUCAGAUUGCAUUCUGCCAUGGCUUGAGUUGCAUAAUUCUUGCCCUGUUUGUCGAUAUGAGUUGCCCACUGACGACCCAGACUACGAACAGAGGACUCAAGCAGCCUCUACCCCUGUGAAUCAAAAUCAAACAGCUGGGGGAUUCCAUAUUUCCACCAUGGGUGGCAGCAGUGACGCUGCUGCUGGCGACGACAGCGGAAUCGGGGCAUCAUCUGGAGAAAAUCCUACAACACCGCGCUCGGUAGAGCGUAGUUUCACAAUCAAUUUACAGAGGGUUUUCAGACUCUUUGGCUCGAAUGCUGAGACAAGCAACCCUGGCAGCGACAACAACAACAAUGAAGGAUCCAAUGACGGAACAAACUCUGGAAACAGAGGAAACCAGAACACUGGAGGAUCAGACCCUAGACAUGAAGAUCUUGAUUAAGAAGAAGAAGAAGAAGAAGAGUUGGUAUUAUUGCAGUUGUUGUAACCAUAGAAAUUUGGUGUUUUGCCCUUGUGGUUUUGGUUUAGUGCUUCAAUUACUUUGUUUUAUAAAUUUUCGUUGCUUUAUAUUUCGUAGAUUUCACAUUACCGUCCGACACAUACUUGCCUAGCCAACUUUUUAUCAAUUCUCGAGAGUGCUGGCACGUUAUAAAUUUU